CUCCCACCAUCAAAUUCGAAGGAAUCACAAAAAACAACAAGAUGAAGGUGAAAUGGAGCCAGCUGGGAUUUGUGUUCUUCCUGGUUCUCUCUCUGGUGAUGACAGGAUGCUUCAUCUGGCAAUAUCAGCUCCCAAAACUUCCGGCAGAAGAGGACGGUCGCAACGCCAAUGCAGAGAUGAUGUGUCCCCGUUUCCCUGAGCCGCUGCCGCUGGAGCAUCCCAUCCCGAGCCUGAAAGAGGCCCUGGAAAAGGUGGAUGUUUUACUCCGACAGACCAUAAACCCCAUCAGCCUUCCCUCUCUGUCAGCCAUCGUGAUCCUAAACGACACCGUUUUGUGGACCGGAAACUUUGGGAAGAGGAAUAUCAGUGACCCGCUUUCAGGAGCCCCAAAUGAGUACACAAUCUACAGGAUUGCCAGCCUGUCCAAAAUCUUCCCGACGCUGAUGCUCUACAAACUCUGGGAGGACGGAAAGAUCGGCUCGCUCGACGACCCUCUGGAGAAAUAUGUGGAGAACUUCACGAUCAAAAACCCUUUGGGGAAGACGAGGGACUCGGAGCUGAAAUAUGUGACAGAUGGUCUGAUAUUUCUGGACAGCGGGGAGGUUCAGAUCCGUUCCUCGUCAGUCACCCUGCGCAGGAUGGCCAGUCAGCUCUCAGGUUUACCAAGAAGACUGAGGGCCACAAAUCUGCUGUGGAAAGGAAAAACACAAACUGCAAUCAACCUGCUGCAGGAUGAUGUCCUCGUCGCUGACCCGGGCACCAAAUGCCACUACAGUAACCUGGCGUUCUCUCUGCUGGCUCAUGUGAUGGCCGAGCGAGUGGCCUCCGUGGACUAUCAGCGAUGGAUCACAGACAACAUCCUGGACCGACUGGGAAUGGAGGACACCAGCUUUGACAUCACACCGGGGCUUCAGGCCCAGAUGGCCGUGGGAGUUUACUCCAAUGGGAAACCAGCUCCUCUGUAUGACCUGGGCUGGUACCGACCUUCGGGUCAGAUGUUCUCCACAGCUGCAGACCUUGCCAAGCUCGCCAUGAUGCUUCUGAGCGCCUACCAUCGCAAGCUGCUGGAACCAGACUCGCUCAAGAUAAUGCUUACACCAGUCUUCAAGUGUGAUAAGGACUAUUUUGCUAACCGCACUGGGACGCCGUGGGAGGUUAACGAGCUGUUAGGGUACGAAAUGGUGCGUAAAGACGGCGAUCUAGACGGCUACUCCGCUACAUUCUCCCUGGUGCCCAGACUGAAGCUCGGUUUGGUGGUGCUAAUGGCCGGCAGCCGGACCCAGAACCAAGAUUUGGUCGCAAAGGCCUACAGCUACAUCAUCCCAGCCGUAGAGAAAGCCUUCAGGGAGGCCAGGAAGGUCGUCUUUCCCCCGCCAAACCCUGAACCUUACAUCGGCAUUUACACCUACAGCAACAUCACCUUCUAUGAGAUCAAAGCCGGGCAGGACGGGGUUCUCAUCAUGCAGCAGUUCGGACCUCAGAUUGAAGAGCUCAUCCCAGAGAAGUUCAGGACAAUAAAGCUCAACUACCUGGUAGAUCGGGUGUUCAGAGUGGUUUUUGAAAAGGAGUACCCGUGUGUUUUGAGAGUCGGCACCGCCUCUGUGUCUCUGGAAGCACAGGACGGACAGUUAUUCAACUUCUACACAUUUGACAAGCGAGGACGGUCCACUGGUUUCGAUGCACCGGGACUGAACACGUAUAAUGUUGUCAGAAUAGCCCGCAAGCCAACUUUCUCCAGCUGAUCUGCAGCUGUGCAGAAGCCUAAAGACAAAUGGUGUCUCCUUGGGGUGUCAGAGAAUCUGUAAUCAAAGAGAGGCCUGUGGGUGUUGAGUGACUAAAUUGAAAAGACUUUUUAAUUAAGUUCUCAAAAAUUGAUUGUGCUCUGGAUUUAAGGAGAACAAAAAAGGAUUUGUCAUUCACAGAAAUGAUUUAAUGUCUCAUGGCGGUCUUUGUCACUCUCCGCUCCUUCAUCUCGCCUCCUAACUGAACGCUCACAUUAUGGUGAUACAGUGCUUGUGUUUUUCCCGCCUUCUUUUCAACCACUCUCACAUUGUCUUGGUCUCCUCUGUCCUCAUCUCGUGGUCUUGGACAUGAAUAUUUACAUUAUUUUUAUUUUCAGUUCUCGGAUGACCAUUUGCAUUUCUCCGCCUCAUACAUAUUUAUCCUCCUCUGGUGAAAGAAAAAAAGACUGAUUUAAAAUGUUUGUGGUACAAAAAAAUAUGAUAAUGGCAAAAAAAAUGAGGACAUUUUCGUGCUAAACAUUAAUAUGCAUCACUUUCCCUUAAACACAUGUGUUUACACAGGUAUUGGACUGCUUUAAAUGUCAACAAUCCUGAAACUAAGGCCAAAUAUUUUGGCUUCCCAGUAAGAAGCGAUUAAGGACAGAGAGGCUUUCAGUUGCCUCUGUGACUCUUUGCUGGGUAAUCCCUAAAAAUGGACUCCAAAUGCCCUGAACUCUCACACCAAUGCGUCUAAUGCACGGCCCAGACUGCUGCAGGGAAACGGCAAAUUCAAGAGCACAAAAAAUAACCUCCAUAAGGCUGAGGAUUACCCUUAAUUUGAGAUUGCCCGUCUGAAAGGUGUGACUGAAAUGGAAAUGGCUUUGUCUUGAAGCAUCAAGUAGCGAUGAGCGAUGGAGUAAAUCUGCUGGAAAAAAACAAUCUAUCUGCUUCAUCAGACUAUUUACUUAACCGCGUCAGCCAGUCAACCUAGUAAUUUGUUGUCACCGCUAAGGGAUAAAAGCUCAUUCAGAUGGAUGAUGGGACGAGAGAAUAAUUUGGCUCAUGCUGUAUUGUAAGUUGAACAGAGAAAAAAUGGAAAUUAUGCUUUGUGUUCGUUUUCUGCCGAUGUUAAUGGUUGUUAUUAAAUAAAAUGUCAGAUGAAACUCA